AUGUCCGUAGAAGCCCCAAUCAACUGGUCAUCUCGGCUCCUCUUCCGUUCAGUCUCAUCCUCUCAAUCGCCACCGCCACAACCACUACUCUCCAAUCAACAACAACAACAACAACUCCCCCCACAAUCACCUCCAUCAUCUACUGAAAUCACUGCUCCUACUACUACUACUACUACUACUACCACAAAUAACUUCUACUCAUCACAAAAAUUCUCAGAUAAAAUCCUCCUCCCUCCAUCUGUCCUUGAAUCUCUUGUCCGUCAAGCCCCCAUACUACCAUCUCCACUUACCUUCCGUCUCACUAACCCUGUCACUCGUCAAUUCACCCAUGCAGGUGUCCGUGAAUUUUCCUCCGAUGAAGGUGUUGUUCGUAUCCCUCAAGUCAUUGCAGAGCGUAUUGGUCUCGAAGAACUAGGACCUGUAAACCUCCAACUUGUAGAACUCCCCAAAGCUUCCUUCCUCUCUCUUCAAAUCCUUCAAGAUGAUUCCAAUAAUAAUGAUACUGAUAGUAAUGUCCAAGACUGGAAAGCCCUUUUGGAAGCUCAACUUCAAUCUGCUUAUACUGCCCUUACAAAAAAUGAUACCCUCUACAUUAAUGAUCCAACAAACCCUGCCCAUCACUACAAGUGCUUGGUAGCAGAAGUUAAACCUGCUGAUGCCGUCCUCAUUAUUGAUACUGACGUGGAUCUUGAAAUCAUUCCUCCACUCUCUUCUACUACAAAAUCUAAAAAGGGCAAAUCUAAAAAAUCUCCUACAAAUCUUGCCCUAAAAGUCAACUUAACUGAUAAUUAUGGCCAAAUUACUAUCCCAGAAAUUACAUCUUUUGAAUCUUCCCCAGUCAAAAUCACAAUCUCAAAUUAUAAUCAAAACCUCCCCCUAGUCGUUUCUCUCUCAAACUUGGCAGAUUCUCCAACUGAUUUAUCAGAUCCAAACCUUCUCAACCUCUAUCUUGGUUCCUCUGAAGAUACCGCUCGUGAAUCUGUAUUUCUUUAUUCAACCCUUCUUGAUACCAACCAACGAGAAAAAACAAUCUUUAUUCCUCCUAAUGAACUUCAACCUUCGGAUUCAACCUUAUAUGCUACUCUAACACUCCCUAAAGAUCUUGAUGUCAUUUUUGAAAAUCUCUCUAUAACUUUCUCAACAGAACAUUUGGCCUCUUCUCCUCUCCCUGCAUUUGAUGCUGCUGACUCUACACAAUGUUCCAACUGUGGCCAAUUUGUCCCACAACGCUCCUAUCAACUUCACUUAAACUUUUGUGCUCGAAAUAAUAUCCCAUGCCCUCAAGGAUGUGGACAAAUCUUUUCUCGAAGUGCAGGAGGUGUCCCAGCUACUCACUGGCACUGCAACUCUUGUCCCCCCCGCGUCUUUGGUAACACUAAAGAGUCGUAUGACUUGCACCAAAAUGUCGCCCAUACCCCCAUAGACCAUUGCGAUGCAUGUGGCCUACUUACAAACUCCCCCAACUUGAUUUCAUUAGCCCAUCAUAAGGCCUCUGUAUGCGCUGCAAAACUUCACAUUUGCCGAUUCUGCCAUCUCCGCUUACCCCAGGGCCCACAAGAAGCCUCGUCUUAUGGUCUUUCUGGUCACGAAACAGUUUGCGGAAGUCGUACUGCUGAUUGUGACAUUUGCCAAAAGGCUAUCCGUCUACGCGACAUGCCUGCUCAUUUAGCUCUCCACGAUAUCCAGCGUCGUUCAAACAGACCUCCACAACAUCUUUGUGCAAAUGUCAAUUGUCAACGUACCCUAGAUAACAAUAACAUAACCUCGCCUCUACCACCUUUCGGUCUUUGUGCAAGAUGUUUCGGCCCCCUUCAUAGCUCUGUCAAUGACCCAACUGGUACAAAACUUGUUGCCCGAAUCGAAAGACGUUACGUUAUUCAACUUUCUAGAGGUUGCGGAAAACCAUUUUGUUGUAACCGUGAAGCUUGUGCCACCGCCAUGGGCUCCAAACUUCCAAUGGCUCAAGUCAUGCCCCGUGUCAAACAACUCAUGACUCUUGAUCCUACUGACCCUGAUCGUUUCGAGCAUGUAGCAUUUUGCGUUGACGAAACUACAACUAAACGUAAAAUGUUUGUGGAUCUUGUUGCAGAUAUUGAGCUUCUCUAUAGCCGAGAGUGGGCCGCAAAGGCUAUAGACGUUGCUUCUGGAAACGAGGCUGAGGCCCGCCGUUGGCUCGAGCGCAAUGCUGUUAAGCUUUCUGAAGAACAAUCAUAA